CAUCUUACCCCUCUGCUGGCAAGAGGGGACCUGAUUUGUCCUCACAGUGAAAACUCAUUCCACCCAACUGAUUAAGACAAGGCAGAAGAGAAACUGAAACCCCUUUGCCUCAGAACUAGAAAAGUGAAUGAGCAAGAUCUCUCAACUGACUCACCAUGUUUGUGUCACCCAGGAGAUGGAGUUCCCGAAGGUCCUCCCCAACCAGAGGACCUUCCUAUCUGCCGUCCUCAACAUGCUAUCACUCAGCCUCUCCACAGCAUCCCUGCUCAGCAACUACUGGUUUGUGGGCACACAGAAGGUGUCCAAGCCCCUGUGCGGAAAAGAUCUGGCAACCAAGUGCUUUGACAUGCCGGUGUCCUUGGCUGGGGACAACACCAACACAUCAACCCAGGAGGUGGUGCAGUACAGCUGGGAGACUGGGGAUGACCGGUUCUCCUUCCGCACCUUCCACAGUGGCAUGUGGCUAUCCUGUGAGGAAAUCAUGGAAGAACCAGGCGAGAGGUGCCGAAGCUUCAAUGAACUCACACCACCAACCGAGAGAGAGAUCCUCUGGUUAUCACUGGGAGCCCAAAUCACCUACAUUGGACUACAAUUCACCAGCUUCCUCCUGCUACUAAUGGACUUGCUAUUCACUGGAAACCCUGGCUGCGGACUCAAGCUGAGUGCCUUUGCUGCCAUUUCCUCUGUGCUGUCAGGCCUUCUGGGGAUGGUGGGCCACAUGAUGUAUUCACAAGUAUUCCAAGCAACUGCCGAUUUGGGUCCUGAGGACUGGAGGCCACAUGCUUGGAAUUAUGGCUGGGCCUUUUACACGGCCUGGGUUUCCUUCACCUGCUGCAUGGCAUCUGCUGUCAUCACCUUUAAUAUGUACACCAGGAUGGUGCUGGAGUUCAAAUGCAGGCACAGUAAGACCUUCAAAGAAAACCUGACUUGCCUCCCACAUCACCACCAGUGUUUCCUUCAGCAACUGUCAUUAGCAGCCCACCCGAGGGGACCUUUGACCAGCUGCCACCAGUAUCAAAAUCAGCCCAUCCGCUCUGUCUCUGAAGGAGUUGACUUCUACUCAGAAUUACAGAACAAGGGAUUUCAGCAAGCACCCAGCCAGCAGCUGAAAGAAGUGGUUGGGUCAUCUGUAGAGGAAGAGCAGUGUUAGGAAUAACUGGGUUUAGAGUACAGGCUAAGCCCUACCUUACCUGUUUGUUACCAACAUGUGCUUAAGCC